AUGUUUGAGACCCAUGUGCAUAGACAUAGCCUGAUGGCUUCCAUUGAUCCCGAUGCCCCUGGCUACAGAAGAUAUCGGUAUCGCGAGUUCGGGGAGGAGGCUGUUGCUGAAUUUGAUGAUGCACACUUGGCUUGGAGCGGUACAUUUGAGUCUCAUACGUCUUCUGCACACAGCGAGUAUCAAGAUAGAUUGCGAGCCAUUCACUUGCGCAAGCAGGGAUGGACAAAAGCAGACAUUGCAAAAAGUAUCGGACGAUCAGACAGGUUUAUAUCUCGGUGGUGGCAGCUCGAACCACUUGCUGUCCCACGUCCACCUGGAGUUCAUCAAUACCUGGCCCACAGUAUGAUAAACGAGAAGAAGGUGGACCGUACCAACAUGUGGAGAGGUGUAGAAGUGGUGAGAGGUUUCUUCAAGGAUACUUCUGGCUUGUAUGAUGAGGUAGUCUCCAAUUUCACCUCAUGGAAGCAAUCUGCAUCAGAGACAAAAGACUUCAGGACAGCAUCUUACUUUCUUCGUUAUGACCGUGAAGGCAAAAUGCGAAUGAUGACAAUGAAAUCGGCUGGCUACAGGUCUGGUCUUGUUCCGCGAUUGGAUGCACUUGUAUCCAAAAUCCAUCAGAAGAUCAAAAUCACUGAUCCCAAUCAUGGUGCAGGCAUGUAUUGGUUUUCAGAUGGAGACGCCAGCGUGGGAAGUCACAGACAUGUUUUCUGGAGUGCCAGAGUAGCCAUGGGCGCUGAACGAAUCAUGAUGGUGGACAAGACACCCAUCCUGAUGCAGGAGGGCGAUCUUGUUAUCAUAGGACCUCAGCGGCACGGCGUGCCAUCCAUGCCGGACAUCAGUGAGGGGAGUCUGAGAAUAUCAGUUCCUUUCAAGCCAACAAACAAUGAAACAAAGAAGGGCCAGCGUGAAGAGGCAGAUGGAUGGGAAGGGCACGAAGAGUACGAAGAGUACGAGGAAUACGAAGAGUACGAAAGGGGAGCUGAAGAGCAAGAAUUAUAUGGCAGUUGCACAGACGUACAAACUCUUGUGUCCAUGGGCUUUGACGAGACUGCUUCGGCGACGGCACUUGAAUUUUGUGGCAGCCUUGAGAGAGCAGUUGAAGCAUUGACUAAUCCAGAGUUUGCUGAAAUCUUGAAAGUACAAGCCGUCCAAGCCGCAGAAUCAGCAGAUGUUGCAGAUGUUGACGAAGCUUUAGCAAGGAGAUUGCAGAUGGAGGAGCUGCAAGAAGAUGAUACCGAGCUGCAAGAACAAUUCGAAGAAUAUGAACGGCUUUUGGAGAUUGAUGAUGCUGAGAGGGGAUGGGAUGGUUAUGGAGACCUGAUGCACAACUCCGUUCGAAGAGCCAAUUUGAAUCUUGACAUGCUUGGACCACAAACACUGUACUCUGUGGGAGCAGCUGCUCAGACUGAAAAACAGUUUUUCGAGCUCUUGUCUUUGCACUCUAUUCGGAUACUUUAUGACUUCAGGCCCUCGGACUACAAAGAUGAGGUCCGGUACCAACAGCCACAUUUCGAAGUGCGCAUCCUCAAGUCCAAUUGCCGACAACGCAACAUACACUACCGACACGUGGCAGUGGGUAGGGAGACAGCUUUUGGCGUUUUGCGGCACUUGCAGAGUGAUGAAGUACAGCAUAUUCUGGUAGAGUUGACCUGGCAGGCCAAGCACAAGGGAAGGACUGCCUUCCUGGGUCCUGAAGAGGAUUGGCAGGCAGAUGGUCGAGUUGCCCUGGCCGAGGAACUUGUCAAACAUGGACACAGAGUUUGUCACAUUCGCCGAGAUGGCGCGCUGGAAAAGCAUUCAGCUGGGACACAGAUGCCGGACUUUUUGGUACAAGAAGAAGCACGCUUGCGCAAGAUCCACGCGCAGCGCCAAGCAGGGGAGCUUCAUCGGCCUGAGAAAUCAGCUGUGGAUCGCAGUACAGAGGCCGUGGCGCGUUCUCUCGCAAGUGAGAAGACUCAGGUUGACGUAAGCGCUGAACUUCGGGAUGCCGAAAACCAGGAUGCUCUUGUCAAGGCUCAAAAGCGCAUGGUCCGGCUGCAGGUCUCUGCUAACAAGAAGGAACCCGGCCUUGGGAAAAAGGAGCUAGUAGGUGUCCCCUCUCACAUUGCUCGGGAGGCGGCGGCUGUGAGAGAACGCUUGGAGGCAAAGAAGGCUGACAAGUCCAAAGGCACUUCCACCCCGAAAGUGGACACCAACUAUGUCGAUCAUUCUAGUUCUGCAGCGGCAUCGUCUUCGGAACCUCCGCAAGAAUGGUCUGUGGGGCAAACAGAGGUUCAGAAUGCUCCCGCCCGGCCACCUGUGGAUUCUGGAACCAUGGCAGAGCCGGUGGAACCAGAGCACGUUGAACCCGAGCUCGUCGAACCAGAGCGCCGACGUCGCUGGGGAUCAAGCGACCCCAGACCAGAGAAUGUGUCACGCCGUUGGGGGAAUCAUGGUGAUCGAAAGACUUAA